UUUUGUUAAGUGUUGAAUUUGAAACUCAACACAGAAUGCCAGUUGAUAUAAAUCGAUUAACGGAAGGUUGGCUAGAACUGGAAAGUGACCCAGGUUUAUUCACACUGCUAUUGGAGGAUUUUGGAGUGAAAGGUGUACAAGUAGAAGAAAUAUAUGAUCUGCAAAAAUCAUUAGAAGGUCCAGUAUAUGGUUUUAUAUUUUUAUUUCGUUGGAUAGAAGAGAGAAGGUCUAGACGCAAAGUUGUAGAGCAAGAUGAAAGUUUUGUGAAAGAUGAAGAAAUUGUUAACAAUAUAUUUUUCGCACAACAGGUUGUGCCCAACAGUUGUGCUACCCAUGCACUAUUAUCUGUGUUACUUAAUUGCCCAAAUAUUCAUUUGGGUACAACUUUAUCCAGAUUGAAAAUGCACACAUCUGGUAUGUGUCCAGAAAAUAAAGGAUGGGCAAUUGGUAAUACACCUGAAUUGGCUUGUGCACAUAAUUCACAUGCAAUGCCUCAGGCCAAGAGACGUCAAGAUAAGAAUACUGGAGUUUCAACUGGUAGAUUUACAGGGGAAGCUUUUCACUUUGUUAGUUAUGUACCAAUUAAUGGUAGACUAUUUGAAUUGGAUGGUUUAAAACCAUAUCCCAUGGACCAUGGUCCAUGGAAGGAGCAUGAAGAGUGGACAGAACAAUUUAGGAGAGUAAUUACGGAUCGUUUGGGAAUGGCAACAGGGGAGCAAUUGCAAGAUAUAAGAUUUAAUUUAAUGGCUGUUGUCCCGGAUCGUCGACUUGCUAUCUCACAUAAAUUAACAAUGUUGAAAACUAAUAGACAAAUAGUAUUAGAAGCGUUGCAACAACUUGUUAAAUUAAGUCAUCCAGAUGGAACGGAAAAAAAUUCGAAUGAUUCCGAGAAAUCGGAUAAAUCGUAUGAAAAAAAGAGUAAAACAGAAGAUGAAAAUGCCUUGCCUAAUAAAUCAGAAAUUGAUGAGUCUUCAGUGCCAACUAUCACAGUUGAAAGGAACAGUGAUACUGUAACAGAUACUGAAGAGCCAGCUUCAAGUUUAACUUCUGGAAAGACUGAACCAAAUGGUAUGGAAAAAGUAGUAAUGUGUGCAUUGGAUUAUGCUACUCCUCUCAGAAUUCAGACUUCGCCGGCACAUAGUUCGUCUAGUACGGACACAUCAUCCGAAAUAGGAUCCGCAUUUAAUUCUCCAACACAAGCAUGGGGGUGGAAUUCUGGUCAGAGCAGUCCAACAUCCACAAAAGAUUUCAAAAAGUUUGUUGUAAUUAGAGUCUCUGGAGAUGAGAAGAAUGAGGCAGGUUUAAGUCGUUCUCUUGGGAACAUUAAUAUAAACGGAAAAAGAUUAGUUUCCGACAGUGGGCACUUACAUAAAAAAGUUUGCCUGUCUGGAGAAGUUAGAAUACCUCAUGCCAGAGUAAAGACUAGUAACGGGGAUACUGUUACUGAAGAAAAGAAGGUCGAAAAAAUCGAUCCGAAAUUAUGUUCGAAAUAUCCGGAAUUAUUCGAACCGCAUACGUUCGCGCCCAAAGAUCUUCUAGCGUUAUUGAAAAAUUUAGAACACGAAAUAAGUAUUUGUGAAACUAGUUUAAAAGAUGAAAAUGAUAAGAGGAAUAAGUACAAGAUUGAUGAUUGUCGUAGGACGCAUAAUUACGACGAGUUUAUUUGCACCUUUCUUUCGAUGCUUUUUUUUUGUCAGUGAACAGGGUUCACAGGUAAGAAACUUUAUUAUAAUACCAAUUAAGGAUGCAGAUUAUUUAAUGUACAAAAUAUUUGUAGAUCUUCAAAGAAGACAGAUACUCGUCCUAACUCUUCGCGCAGACGACGAGGUAGAACCAAGUGCAAAAAACGGAAAUAAUCUUCAAAUUAAAUUAAAGCAAAAAAAAUGGAGUUGUUAUUCCAUCUAUCGAAUUGUCAAUACUGAAAAAUUCUUGGAAUCAUGGCAAGAACAUAAUUUCAAGAAGAUAAGGGGCAUGUAAAAAAUUGUUGAAACAAA